AUGAAGAACACUCUGCUUUGGCUCUUCGUCACCACACUGCUUGCCGCCGUAGCGCUAGUAACGACUGCGCAGAAUGGGCCUCCGUCUGCAAAUGCCAAUGCUGAAGCCUCAGAGCAAAUAUCAUUCGCAGCUUGUGGACCGCGGAUCCGGAAGCCAUGGGAGCUGCUACUCCCUGCCGAAAAAGAACUCUACUUGCGCGCGAUUGCGAUGUCCAUGGAUGACGGCUACUACAUCAAAUUCGUGGAGAUCCACACGGAGCAGAUGACAACGGUCGAAGCCCACAACACAUGCAUGUUUGUCUAUUGGCACCGCUUGUUGCUGUUAGGCUUCGAGAACAUGCUGCGGAGUUACGGAGGCGAGUUCUCGUGCAUCACCGUGCCAUACUGGAACUAUGUAGACGACAACCAGCGCUAUUUGCUGGGAGGGUGCCGCAGUAUGGAGGAGUGCUCACUACUCUUACGUGAGUUUGGAGGCUCGUUGAACGGGUUUAGCCGCUCUAUCACGAUUAAUGGGUCUCCUAUCCGUGGAACCUGCGUGGCGACACCGCCCCUGGAUCACUUUUGCGAAGCCACGCACGUCCGCGGAGGGAACUGCGCGCGUUGUGUCCCUCGUGGAGACUGGUUAAGCUCUCCAUUCCCACCGACGACGUCCGUGAGUUCACUUGCUCGUCAGCUCUUCGCGACUCCAACCAUUUCUGGUGUUGUAACCAAUCUGGAACUCGGCAUUCACAACACCGUUCACAGUGCUCUUGGUGGAGCUAUGGGCGUCCUUGAAGCGCCGGCAGAUCCCAUCUUCUUUUCCCAUCACGCCACCAUCGACCUGCUGCACUCCAUUUUCUACAAAUGUGUUGUCGGCAACACUGUCCCGAUUCCGCUCGAACAAAAGCUGUCCGAUCCUCGAGUGUACACGGAAUGUCCGCGUCGUCGCCCACUCCCAGUGAACGCAAUCGAUCGCAACGUUUUGUACCCGCAAUCGAAUAUUUUGCUUCGCACUGGUGAAGAAGGAAUAAACCCGACGUCUGUGUUCUCGCAGUUCAACGUGCUUGACCCGUUCUUCGCCGACCUUCCUUCAUCAUACCUGAGCUUCUCGGACAUUCGCGACCUUGGUGUCUACAGCUACAACUACGAGAUGACUGGAUUGCUGGCUGAAAUGUUCACGUCGUGUCCUGGUGCCGGCUUCAGAUCUGGUGUACCAUUUCGCCAGCUUGAAAGCACUAACAACACGGAAACAAAGCAUAAGUUCGUGGAAGCAGUGAUCGUGCCCAGCAACACGACAACAGACAACUGGUUCAGUGAGGCAUUGGCUGCGGCACUGAACAGCUCCUCAGUUGCGUCCGUGAUGGAAGACGCCUCAGCUGACGCACUCGAUGCCAUUGAAGACGUAGAGAAGAUGACGUGUGUCUUCUACGAUGAAUGCCGUGGCGGGGUGCACGACUUCAGCGAUGAUUUCCGUCAGAGCUUCCAUGCUAAUGGCUCGUCACCUUGCACCACCAUCCUCGCCAACAUCAAAAGCGGUCGCGACCAGAUCCGAACUCCCAACUGGCGCUCAAUCUUCCUCCGUCACAUGAAGUGCGACAAAGCGUGA